GACUCUGGACCCUGGACCUGACUCUGGACCGAACUCUGGACUCUGGACUGGACUUGAGACUUUGUCCCACCUCUGGUUCAAACUGAUCAGUCUGACUUACUUCCUGUUCUUUCAGCACUUUUAAUUGGUCGGUGCCCUUUCUGUCCAUGCUGGCUUUCCUGAUCUUCGUCAUGGCAACGAUCCUGACGUACUACAUCCCCGUACGUUACAUCGUGCUGAUAUGGGGUAUCAAUAAAUUCACCAAGAGACUACGGAACCCGUACAGCAUCGACAACAAUGAAGUGCUGGAUUUCCUGUCCAGGGUGCCGUCAGACGUGCAGAAGGUUCAGUUCAGUGAGAUCCGAGGCAGCAGGAAGAAGAAGAUCUUAUAGGAGGAGGAGGACCUGAUGAUGCUUCCACCUGAAAAAACAACGUCGUGCGGAACGCCAUCUUGCAGAACGCCGUGCAGAGUGGCGUUGUGCAGAGUGGCGUUGUGCAGAGUGGCGUUCUUCACAGCGUUGGGGGGAUGUGGAGCAGCUGGUAAAGACUUUCUGCACGCUGUCACAGACUCAUCUGAUUGUUUGAACAGUUUCUUCGAUCAGCUGAUCUUCUCUCCCUGAAGCGUUCAUAUAUUCUAUAAACUUUAUUACACAGUUCAGAUGUUUUGUUUUACAGAUUGAAUGAUUUAUAAUGUUUUAUGUCUGAGAGCUUUAAGUGCCUCCCUGAGCUCGUCUCGGGCUGCAGAUGUUUUAUUUUACAGAUUUGAAUUAUGGUUUAUAAUGUUUUAUACUCUCUGAGACCUUCCCUCCCUGAGCUCGUCUCAGGCUGCAGAUGUUUGCACACAUCACUUUAUUUAUUAACAGCCGUCAUGAUGAUGUCUUUGUUUUCCUGCAGUAAUAAAAGCUUUCGACCUCA